CAGCCUGGGGCUCGCCUGCAGCGCAGAUCCCGCCGGAGGCGCGUAGGAAGGAGCAGCCGGGGGCUCCGCGGCCGUGCCGGGCCGUGCCGUGCCGUGCCGUGCCCUCAGCCCACGCCGGGCCCUCAGCCCGUGCGGGGCCCCCGUUACCGCGGUAACCGCCCGGCCCUUCCCGACAGCCCCCGCGCGCCGCCGCCGCCAUCUUGAGGCCUGGCAGCGCGCCCCCGCGUCCAAGAUGGCCGCCCGACCCUCAGCGGGCACUUCCGGCCGCGCCGAGGCCGCGGUGCUGGUAACGGCGGAGCGGCCGCGCCGCCGCCCGGGCCCGGCCCGCCGGAACGGCCUCUGAGGCCUCCGGGGAGCGCGACCGGCGGACAUGGCGCUGCUGCUGCUGCGGAUGGGGCUUCUCCGCGGCCGCUGCGCCUUCUGGCGGCCGCCCGCCGCCGCCUGGGCCCGGCCCCGCGGUUGUGCCUUCGGAGGGGUUCGCGGCCUGCAGAGCCUCCUGGCACCAACACUUUCCCUGCCACGUCAAGGCCUCGGUGGAGUCCUGACAAAACAGCACAUAAUCCGUGAUCCAGUCAGACUUUGGAAUCUCCUGGGUAGCACCUCUUGGUUUGCUACAUCCAGCUCUUGGGGGAGUAGCCAGAAGAAUGGAGGAUUCAAGAAGAAAUCUCCACAGGAGGAGGAUGAGGAGGAGAAGCGCAGGAGAAGGGAAAACCAGAUGCACCUGGAACGUUUGCGGGCGCUGCUGGUCCUCACCUUCGUGGUGCUGAUGCUUCGCUUCAUGAUCGGCGAGAACAGGGAAGGGACCAACAUCUCCUGGAACUACUUUGUGAAUGAGAUGCUGUCCAAGGGGGAGGUGCAGAGGAUCGAGGUGGUGCCUGAGAGUGACAUUGUGGAGAUUUAUCUGCACCCAGGUGGAACUCCACAUGGACAAGUUAACGUGACCCUGCUGUACACUAUGCGCGUGGCAAACAUCGACAAAUUCGAAGAGAAGCUCAGAGCCGUGGAGGAUGAGCUGAAUAUUGAUGAGAAAGACAGAAUCCCCAUUUCCUACAAACACCCUGGCUUUUAUGGAAAUGAUGUCCUUUCCCUGAUAGUGACCCUGGUGGCCGUGUCCAUGCUGUGGAGCAUCUUCCGCCUCUUCAGGGUGGCGAGCAGGGCUGGAGGCUUCAAUGCCUUUAACCAGCUGAAGAUGGCUCGUUUCACCAUCGUGGAUGGGAAAUCUGGAAAAGGGAUUGGCUUCAAGGAUGUAGCAGGAAUGCAUGAGGCAAAAAUGGAAGUCAAGGAAUUUGUGGACUAUUUAAAGAAUCCCGAUCGCUACCUCCAGCUCGGGGCCAAAGUGCCCAAGGGUGCCUUGCUGCUGGGCCCACCAGGCUGUGGGAAGACUUUGCUGGCCAAGGCUGUGGCUACAGAGGCCCAGGUGCCGUUUUUGGCCAUGGCAGGCUCUGAGUUCGUGGAGGUGAUUGGAGGUCUGGGCGCCGCCCGCGUGCGCAGCCUGUUCCGGGAGGCGCAGGCGCGCGCGCCCUGCAUCGUCUACAUCGACGAGAUCGACGCCGUGGGCAAGAAGCGCUCCACCAACGUGUCUGGCUUUGCCAACGCCGAGGAGGAGCAGACCUUAAACCAGCUGCUGGUGGAAAUGGAUGGAAUGGGGACCACGGAUCAUGUCAUAGUGCUGGCUUCCACCAACCGUGCUGAUGUCCUGGACAACGCCCUGAUGAGACCUGGGAGGCUGGACAGGCACAUCUUUAUUGAUCUCCCAACACUGCAGGAGAGAAAGGAGAUCUUUGAGCACCACCUGAAAGGCCUCAAGCUGAUCCAGGAUGGCAGUUUCUACUCGCAGCACCUGGCAGAGCUGACCCCAGGAUUCAGUGGAGCUGACAUAGCAAAUAUCUGCAAUGAAGCUGCUCUUCACGCUGCCAGGGAAGGGCACAAAUCCAUUGAUACCUCCAACUUCGAGUAUGCUGUGGAAAGAGUCAUUGCAGGCACUGCCAAAAGAAGUAAGAUCUUGUCACCGGAGGAGAGGAGGGUGGUGGCGUUCCACGAAUCGGGGCACGCGCUGGUCGGGUGGCUGCUGGAGCACACCGAGGCCGUCAUGAAGGUGUCCAUUGCCCCUCGGACCAACGCGGCGCUGGGGUUCGCACAGAUCCUGCCCCGGGAGCAGUACCUGUUCACCAGGGAGCAGCUGCUGGAGAGGAUGUGCAUGGCCCUGGGGGGCAGAGUGGCCGAGGCCAUCACCUUUAACAAGGUCACCACAGGAGCACAGGAUGACCUGAAGAAGGUGACCAAGAUUGCCUACUCCAUGGUGAAGCAGUAUGGGAUGGUGCCCAGCAUCGGGCAGAUCUCCUUCCCUGACCCAGAGAGUGCCCCUGGCAUCGGCCGGCGCCCCUUCAGCCAGAGCCUGCAGCAGAUGAUGGACCAUGAAGCCAAAAUCCUGGUGGCUCAGGCUUACAGGCGCACAGAAAAGCUCCUGCUGGAGAACCGGGACAAGCUGCAAACCCUGUCCAAUGCCCUCCUGGAGAAGGAAGUGAUCAAUUACGAUGACAUUGAGGCGCUGAUCGGGCCCCCGCCCCACGGGCCCAAGAAGAUGAUUGCUCCUCAGAGCUGGCUGCAGGCAGAGAGGGACAAGCAGGACACCAGGGAAGAGGAAACACCUCCCCAGCCACCAAACCAGGAGGAGGAGGAGGAACCACGCCUGAGACCAGUGUGAACCCACUCCCACCUGGAGUGGGAGGGCUCCAGAGGCGUUUUUGGACACAGACCCUUUGCCUUCUCAGCUCCAGGAUCAAAGAUGCUGAGCUGUGCUGCUGCUGCUACCCCAAAAUGAAGGAAUGGCUACAUUGGCUCUUUGAGCUUUAUCCUGCAGGAAGGAGAACUCCUCAGGGUUUCAGGAUUGGUUCCUAAUGGGGUGGUGGUGAUGAGGAGUUGGUUAAGUCUGAUCUGCUGUGAAUGUUUCUUGUACACAGGAGCAGGGAGUGUAUUCCAGUGGGUGGAAGGUCCCAUGUAAGCCCCUUCUGGCUGUGCUCUGUGCCAUGGCAGGAGGGCAGGGCUGUGUCCUCAGCAUGGGGACACCCCUGUGGGGCUGAGCUGGGCUGCUGCAGCUCUUGUGUAACCUUUGAACACAACAAACAGCCCUGGCUGGAAUAAACUGCCCACAAUGUGCUGCUGUGUGUGUACAAUGUGUCAGGCUCCGAGGGGGUUUUGGCACACAUGAAGCUCAUUAGAGCUGUGGAGUGGCACAGGACAAGGGCCUCAGUCUCCCUGGUCAAUAAUUUAUAUCCAGUUUUUACAGUGAGUGUUUCUCAAGCAGAGGUUGAGGCAAAACUGUACAGAGCUGAGCAGUGAGACAUGGAAACCAACUGUGCAGAGGGUGACAGCACUCAUGGGAAGACUGUUCUGAACUGCUGGUUCUGAGCUGGAGAGGUGCUCUUGGAAAUCCAGUAAAGCAGUUGUGUUUGUUGGGAAUCCUCAGGAAAAGCUGCUUCAUCCUCAUGGCUGUUGCAAAACGGGCCCUGCUGACAGGGUUGUCUGGUGUUCAUCAGGGGAAGCACUAAAGUGGUUGUUGCUGCCUGGA